AUGUCGAUUGUUAAGGACUUUGCUGAUCUCAGCAGCAAUGUGCCAACAGGAUCCAAGAAUGAGCAGUCUGCGCUCGAAUACAUAAACGGGAUUGUGACCAGAAUCAAGGCUCUGCCUUCUAAAGCCUUCACUUUUAUUCCUGCCGGAUGGGCUGAUGGCAAAGAAGAUUAUGCAGUUCUGAUCGUCAUCGAGCGGAUCUCGUCUGACGUUCUCAACGUAGCUAUCUGUAAUACUGGACCAGACGGGCUCAGCUAUCAUCCUAUCCGUGCAAACGUAACCGAAUCAGCAAACAUGCAGUAUAAGAUGACCAUGGUGUUCCAAGAAAUUCCAGAGAACAAGUUGACAGAUUCGUCUUUCUGGUUUAUGCUGAGCCGGAUGUUGGUGUGGCCCAACGAAGAGAACAAGGCGAAGCUCCUCUACGAAACUUUCCUACCUCAUCUCAACUUGCGGCCGCUGUUGGCGACCCAGGCUCUGAAUGACAAGGACGAUAUUCUUAACACGGGUUGGACAGUCCCACCUCAGGGUGGGGACCCGUCGUUCAUUCAUUGUAUACUUGAAGCUUGUAAGUUUGUGCUGGCUCGUCAAGGCUUGAGCUACGAGCAGCAGAUGACUUGGGAGCUCUUCGUCAGGUGGCACUCUUGCAGGCACCUUGGACAAGAGCUGGAGAGUGCGAAGAGUCUGGACUCGUCGCAUGCCAGGGUGUGUCGCUAUGCUUGCAAGGAGCUGGCUUCCUUUUGUCAGAAGGUUACUUCGUUGCCGAAGAACAUCCUGCAGCGAGAACAUGUCGUGGCCAUUCUGGGCGUUUGCAACUCAAUCGAGAACAGACUUGAAGAGCUAGACUCCUCUAACUCGGAAUUCCCAGCUGUUCUUGACCUCACAGGAGAGAAUGGAGUCCAAGCAGAGUACCGACCUUUCAACUUCUUCGAUGGGUUCAUCCGAGACGAAGACAUUGAGGCGCUGGCAGGGCCCUUGGACUCGGAGCAGCAAAUCUUUCGUCCUAUCCAGUUUACACGAAUCCCGGAUGAAGUUGUCGAACUGCAGGAUGUUAUUAAGGCACUGAGAGAGUUGGAGCACAUUUGCCUUCUCCUCUCAAAUCAGGGGAAGCAGAUUCGGAGUAUGAACCUCCACCUCGCUGUUGCUGUCCACCAUGUCUUCUUGCGCGUCCUCCCCAUCCCUCUAACUUCUCAGCAUCCCGAUGGCUCCAAGUGCAUCUGGCAGAAGCCGAUGAGAUAUGAGACGCAAGUUGAUGUCCUCCGCCUCGUGCACAACAUCAGCAGGUUCUACGCAGCUUCGAUCAUGUCUCUGCCGCACACAAGGACGUUGGAAGCUGCUCGACUCCUGACUUUCGGAAGCAUGAUGGCCAUCUCCGACGCCGUGCUGAGGAAGAGGGCUGUUGACUUUCCCUCCAUGCUGAGCCUGCAUUUCGACGCCAAAGCUCCACUUACUGCUGCCUUCGACCAAUUCCCUUUUGGGAUCGAUGCCAGCGCCUACGUCGUCGUGACAGAGGACAUGUUGUUGUUCGCUCCAGAGUUCUGCACGUGUCGUUCAAGCAUCCUCGAGUAUCUUACCGGUGUAAGAUCGCAGGUGCCGGACGAUCAUGUCCUGUUCCCAAUGGAGUAUUAUGACACCGAUGCGAGUCAAAAUCAACAUCCCUGCGGGAGUGCUCAGCUCAUGAAGCAGAUGUGCUGGGAGAUGGGCUUUGUAAAUGAUGAUUUGUACCUUUACGUCACUGGCCAGAGGUGUGACAUUGUGGACUUCUAUCCUGAAUUAGCAUUCUACCGCGACAUCGUCGCGCUGUUCAAGUUCAUGACUCUCAACGCCCCGUCGGGUCUCCCUGACGUGAAGCAGUGGACGGCAGCAGACGCGAAGAUCUCAUGGAGGGUCGUCGACGACAGGUUCAGCGCAAAGAUCUUCGGUAUGGACAUGAAGCUUUCGUUGCCGGAGGGGAUGCAGGGGACCAAGAAAGAAAACUUCUUGAUCCAGCUGUUUCGCAGCAGUCGACCCAGGAGCAGCAUCCGAGGGGGAGCCGAUCCAACCACCCUGUGUGGUACUCGCAUCGAGUCGGAAGAAGAUGUCCUGCAUGUUCGUGACUUGCCGACGUUUGGUGGAAAGUUGAGUCCAACCAACGCAGAGAUCCUCCUCUCUUUCCUCACCGUCCCUUAUAUCCGCAUCCCCCUCGUGAUCAACUUCUUUGCCUCCCCCGAGAACAUCAGGGUCCUCGCCAAUGCUCAGAUGCAGGAGGUUCUCGACUCGGUCAUGUUCGAGCCAAGUUUGUGGCAGCCAAGAGAGGUUCAUGUGGUCCCCGAUGUCGUCCCGGCCCCUGACCGCUCCCACUUGGCUACCAACUGCGGGCUGCUGUUCAACGAGCUCAUCAAGGCCCCCCAGGGCAUUCUCAGUGCCUUGCAGAAUGUCUUGAAGUUCGCCCUUGAGCUCGACACAGGCCGGUGGACCAACCAGUCAGCCGCCAUCAUCCUCUACGUCCUGCGCCUCCUCGUUCGCAUCGAGGGCUUCAUGAUUUUCCUUGUCCGUUAUAACGAGGAGAAGAGAGACUCGUGCAUCGGUCCCGGGUGGAAGUGCAGUGUCGACGGCCUCGGAGCGGACAAGGAGACCCUGCAGAAGAUCGAAGUGGAAAGGAAGAAGAUCAGAGAGAUUGUGAAUCAGCAGGCUCGAUCGAUCCUUGAUCGCUGGAUCUCCUUUGCGAUCAAGAAGAAUGAGAUGGGCAAAGUGGCUUACCUGUACGCGCACUGCGUCUUUAUUUGGCAGAACCUCUCCCCGGACGAGCUGACCGAUGACGUAGUCAUCAACUUCCUGUCAAGUCAGUUGUUCCUUGCUACAAGGUUCAGGUCUCAGACCAAGGAGUUCAGUCUCGGGCCGCAGAAACGGGUGAAGACCGAGGUAGAGCAGGCAGACAUGUUUGGGAACGGCCUGCAAUCGGAGCUGUUUGAGAUAUUCCAGAAGCAGAGGGGGAUGAUCAUGUCGUGGCUUGACGCUGACCCGGCAAGACGCAACGAAGUGAUGGAGGCGAUCGUAAGGAUCGAGAUCGAGGAGCAGAGGGAGUACACCCGCGGUCGAGAGGUGGGAGAGAUUGAAGUCAACAUCCAACUAGGAACGUUCUCCCUCAACACCAGCAGGCUGGAGGGAGUGGACGAGAGGAUAUCCUGCUUCCCCGAGUUUGAGCAGAUGUUCGGCAGCGAGGGUCAGAUGGCGCAGUGUGCGGCGAUCAAGCUGACGACGAGGAGGCUAUGGUACAGGCUGAUAGGCCGACGCCACGACCUGAUUCUAUGGAAACCUGACGAGAGAGCACCAAAGAUCCGCUUCAAGCGCAAGUAUCCCGAGACCCUCCAUCACUCGGAGUCUUGGAUCUCUGAGAUCUGGGACCAGUGCCGCCGUGACAACGACUUGCUCCCUGGAAGGGUGGUGCACAUCUACAACGUGGUCGAGCACGGCCGUCGCUUCCAUCGCCAGCUGGUCUUCUCCUCGGACUGGCACUUCUCGAUGCACGAGAUGCCCCCCCUCCACCCGCUGGAGACAGGAGGGGUUUACAGCAAGUUCUCCUCAGCAGAGAGCAACAGCGAUGGCAGGCCGGCCAUCAGUCGGCCUGUCCUGGCCCACGAGUCGCUCGUCAUCACCAGGAACCUGGGGACUUCACCCAAGGACUUGCAGACUUUCGUCCCCACGCUGCUGCUGAAGGGUCUGCUGCCGGACGCCAUCAUCGACGAGUACACUUUCUGGCAGAACGAAGAUGACUCGUUGACGGGCUACUACAAGCCAGAGAUCUCUCAGAAGAUGCAGAGCUCCUACGUGCUCAAGAUCAAGCUCGUGCGGAACUCGAGCCGGAGCGACAAUGCCGCGGCUCACGUGGAGAGAUUUCCGCUAAAGCAUUUCGUGAGGUCGUCGCAAUACCCGUUGAUCGUUGCCGAGCAGCAAUGGAAUGAAGAGAAGUCGCUCGAGUACUCCGACAACGAGGGAUACACCCUGCUGAACUUGUGCAACUCCCCAGAGGGAAGUGUCAUGUACCGACUUGCACAGAUGCUGUCGAAGAUGGAUAACCUUUCUCACUAUGGGGUGACUCGUCUCUUCAGCAGCAGCCAUGCUGGGCUCUUCAUAAGCCAUAAUCGCAACGUUCAUCUCAACAAGAUUGUAAGGGGAAUCCCGCACGGCCUCGUGUUGGAGAGCAUGGAAGGAGAGGUGUCGAUCAUAACUCCUGCCAGCUUGCCAUUCAGACGAAACUACCAGAACGGGAAGCUGAUCUCAACAGAACUCAUCUUUAACCACAGGGACGACAACCUGCGCUUGAGCUGCAUGAGCGUUAGGCAGUACAUCUACCCCGUCCACAUCUCCUCCAUGUUCCUCUUCACACAGACCUUCGCGUCAGCGUUGAACCUCCUCCUCCUGCGCUUCCUCAACCUCCAGCACACGGAUGUCUUCAAGCUUGCUGACUGCUGUGUCUCGGACACCAAGCUGUCGCACGAGGAGGAGCUUCUGCUGUCGCAGCUUCGCUUCUUGGAGGACGACGUGUUCCCCGACGCUCAUGCCUGCCGCCUCAAGAUCUCGCUGGUGACUUCCAACUCGGACAUCACCCCCCCCUGGGACAUCAACUCGGAGAUGCUUCACUACCUCUCCAAGUUGGAGCACGUGUCCGCCGCCUGCCGCCUAUCGGUGGAGGAGGAGCUCUACCUCCUGCAGAAUCACGUCACCGUCUCCCUCAACUACAAGUUGGGCAACAGGCAGCAGUUCCUGCGAGCCCUUACCGACUGCUCGACCUCGCUGCUCUUGCACUAUCCCACCCGCCCGUCUCUGCAGGAGGAGUUUGACAGCGUGUCCGACAAGUCCUGCCUCAACUCAGACCAGGACGGCUUCCUGUCCAAGUUUGAGAACGUCAGUUACAAGAGGCCGCCGGACGCCAUCGGGACGGCAGCAGUGGCUUGCCUGAACAAGUGGCUGAGCAAUGGGAUGAAGCUCAAGGGAGGGAAGGACGACCUCGGCUUCCUCUUCUUCUACGAGAUGAUGACGGGGACGUGCAACGUGAAGAUCCUCGGGCAGGACCAGACGUUCAACAUGGCUUCGCUCAUGAUCCGCAUGCUCCCAGACAAAGAGUGGAGGCAGCAUUCACUCCUCAUGUCCGUCCUUCGCGCUUUCAUGCGCAACUCCAGCCUGUGCAUCGGGAUGAAUGCUGGAGAAUGCCCCAAGAUUGCGCCGGAGCAGGCGAACAGCGUCUUCAAGAUGAUGUUCAAGGGAAUGGACAACCCGUUCUCUCGCAUCUGCAAGGAAGUUCAGCCCUAUCUUCAGAAGAAGCGGGAUAAGAUUGACUGGUGCUUCCCCUUCUUUGACAAGAUCCUCCUGCCGUCCACCACGGAGAUCCCAGUCUUCUCCACCCUCCCCCGCAAGCUCAUCACAACAAGAGUGUCCGACUAUGCUUGCGACUCGAGGACGUUGAAACCAACCAAGAAGAUCAAAGUUGGCAACGCUGAGGUUGGGCUGACCCCCGAAGACGUCAAGGUCUUCGGUGGAAACCCUCUCUUCGCCCUGGGACUGGACAAGUUGCUGUCAGCACAGACGCGCCAAGAGCAGGGGAUGCCCCCGGUGUCGGACAAGCUUUCUUUCAACCUCAACAAGCACGAGGCCGCGAGGUCGCACAUUGCGAUCUCGAUGUUGCACAGGCUGGAAGACGACGCCAAGUGUUAUGCCGAGCAGGCGAACAAGGGGAUCACUAUGAAGAUGAAGAUGCUGUACGACGAUGAGAUCAAGAAGUAUGUCAACGACCCCACGUGCAAGGAGCUCGAACAAGUCAUCUCGGGCAUCCAAUCGCUCAUCAAGUCCCUACAGUCAGUGCAGGCUCAGGACAAGCUCGACCACCUCGUCACCCUUCUGAUCUGCACAGACGCGAUCAAGGAGCUGCUGACGUGGAACCCUUUCCUCGACAGGGAGUCGGCCGAACUUGUUGUCAGCCUCACCAUUCACCACAUCUUGCACGUCGUUCGGAUCGGCCACGUGCGCCGCUGCCUGACUGACGCCAAGGAGCUGCUGGACUGCUUGAAGGCCCUCCAGAAGACUUCGGCAGUGCAGGCGCGGGAGGACCCGACGAUCCUGCAGGAGCUCAUCCUCAAGUCGAACCUCGUGGCGAAGUCCCUGACUAUCAGGAGGACGUACAUGAAGCAGCACAGAGAAGAGGAGAUGAGUUUCGACCCUCGCUUCCUGGUCUUCGAGUAUAUCCAUAACGUCAUGCUGAGGGACCAGCAAGUCGACCUUGUGCAGGAGUUCAUGUCUGCCGUCUCUGACCCGAAGCGAGGGUCGACGUGCCAGCAGCUGAUCAUGGGGGCAGGGAAGACGACGGUCGUCUGCCCGCUGCUGGCUCUCAUGCUCGCAGAUGGGAAGCGGCUGGUUGUCCAGGUGGUCCCCAGGGCCCUGCUGGAGUUUUCGCGGUACAUCAUGAGAGAAAGGUUCUCGGCGCUCAUCCGGAAACCCGUCUACACCUUCAAGUUCGACCGCUUCCGCAACGUCACGAUGGACACGUACAGGAAGCUGGUGAAGGCGAGGAACAGCAAGGCAGUGGUGGUCACGACUCCGGUGGACAUCAAGGCUUUCUUCCUCAAGUACAUCGAGAUCCUCCACAUGCUCGACCACUCGCCCUCGGCCUCCUCGAGCCAGAACCUCGACGUCGGGAACUUGAGGUCGCAGGCCAAGCUGUGCGUGCGGAUCCUCGAGCUGUUCUUCUCCGGAGCCCUGCUCAUGGACGAGGUCGACCUCGUCCUUCAUCCCCUCAAGUCGGAGCUGAACUUCCCCAUCGGGAAGAAGGAGCCGCUGGAUCUCACCGAGACCAACACGGGCAAGGGGUUCCGGUGGGAGAUCCCGUACCACCUCCUCGACGCCCUCUUCUACGCCACCUCCGGCUCCAUGAGCGUGCCCCUGCAUGGCAGCGCUGAGGCGGAGAAGGUCUUGCGCGAGAUCCAAGUCGUCAUCGAGGAAGGGACGAGCCUGAGGGUCUUGCAGCGGACUCCGCACCUUGUGCUGCUGAGCAGAAGGUUCUACAACGAAAAGAUCCGCCCGAUUCUCAUCAGGUGGGCCGUGUUCUGGUUUUCGAUGCAGAGGAAGUCGGGGGUGGACGAUGCGCAUAUCAUCUCCUACCUUUCGGUCGAGAAGUCGAGCAGCGAGGGCAGCGAGCGAUUCUCCAAGAUCGGGAUCAACGUGGAAAAGGUGGACGACGAGGUGUUCAAGAUGCUCAACCUCUGCCACGAGCUCAUUCACUCCGUUAUCCCGUUCGUCCUCGCCAAGAUCGACCGAGUCUCCUACGGGCUGCUCUCGCUCGAGCAGAUCGAGAGAGAGAAGUCCGCCGAGUACCUUGUCCCCAAGUCUCGCUCCAUCACCGCCGUCCCCUUCGUUGGCAAGGAUGUGCCCAGCGAGCGCUCGGAGUUCGCGCACCCCGACAUCGUUAUCUCGCUCACCAUCCUAGCCUUCCGCUACGAGGGGCUCCGACACUACGAGCUGAAGGGCCUGCUGAAAGACCUGCAGCAGUCCAUGUUCGACGAGGAAGGGCCAUUCGCCAAGAGGCCGAGCUCGAGGCAAUUCGUGGAGUGGGUCUACCUGGCCGGGGGGGUCGUCCGGGGGAUCGCACGAGAGGAGCACCAGAAGAUGCUCCAAGUCCCCGGGGUGAGGAAGCUGAGGAGCGACCCUGUGGAAGUUUGGCCUUUGCGCCUUAUAGACUUCGACGACCCUGAGCAGUUCGAGCCUCUCUUCAAGCUCCUCCACCGCCUCCCCCAGCUCAUCCACAACUACCUGCACAACACCAUAUUCCCCGACGUGCUCAAGCAUCAGGCCAUGAAGCUGUCGGCGUCCGGGCAGGAGCUGGGAGGCGACAUGCUCUUCAAACGGCGCCUGGGAUUCUCAGGGACGCCAUCGGAGCUCCUUCCUCUGGAGCUCGGCAAGUGUCGGUACGACCGGGGGACAGACGGGAAGCUGCAGCACGUGCUGACAGACCCCAAAGUCGUCAGCUCCAAGAUGAUCGAGUCCCCUUGGAGCGUCAAGAGCCUCCUCGACCUCAUCGCCAGCAGCUCGGACCCGCAGUAUCACGCGCUCAUCGACACCGGCGCCCUGAUCACAGGCAUGACGAACCUGGAGGUGGCGAGCUAUCUGAUCGAGGCCGGACUCAGCUGGGCAGAGGGAGUGGUGUUCCUCGAUGAGCUGGAUAGGAAGAUGAUCCUGCUGAGGGACGGGCACAAGGUAGUGCCCCUGAACCAGUGCGACAUCCACAAGGCAAGAAGGUUCGCCUUCUACGAUCAGGUUCACACCACAGGGAUGGACAUACAGCACUGCCUCAACGCCAAGGCCGUCCUCACCCUCGGCAAGGACAUGACCUUCCGCGACUACGCGCAGGGGGCGUACAGGAUGCGAGGGAUCGGGAUGGGGCAGACGAUCCAACUUUUCGUCAUCCCCGAAAGGCUAGCGGACAUGCAUCGUCAGAACAACGACCUGCUGGAACGAGAUGAGGAGCGGGAGCAGGUCAAUCAUAUCAAAAAGAUCGCCACGUGGACGGACGAGAAGAGUGAAGAACGGCCUGCGCAGUUACCUGAGAGUGAGUUCAUCGAAGAGCGGACGCUGUCAGCAGAGCAGGAGCAGGAGCAGGAGCAGGAGCAGGAGCAGGAGCAAGAACAGGAGCAAGAGCAAGAGCAAGAGAAGGAGAUGGAGGAGGAGACGAUGGAGCUGGAGCAAGCAGGGACCGGAAAGCUUCCGUUCUCAACGAAGAGGCAGACCCACACGCCAUGGCCGGUCAAGAGCCUGGCGCAGGGGAGCGAAGGGAUGAAGAAAGCCUUCUAUCCCUGCUCGGACUUUUAUGUGUACAAGGACUUGGGAUUCAAGGAGGGCGGCAAGCCGAUCCAGUUCCACCCGUACCUGCUCAUGUCGGAGAAUCACUUCCACCGGGUCUGGUGCAUGAGCGCGCACAGGAGGCUGAAGAACAUCACGGUGAUCCUCGAGUGGAUCCCGGACGUGUCGGAGGUGAAGGAGGUGGCGGCGUCGGAGGUAGGGAUCAUGUUCGACUCUCCCGAUAGGAGGAUGAGGCUGCAGCGGACGUUCGACCUCUUCGACGUGGACAGGAAGGGAUACCUCUCCCUUAACGAGUUCCGCCUCUUCGCCGAGCUCGUCGACCCGACGCUCACCGACGAUAGCUUCAGCAAGCUCGUCCACAGGGUCUCCGAGAGUCGCGCUAGCCCCCCCGGCGACUUCCGCGCCUCGUUCGCGGACGUUGACAGGAUGAUGGUCAGCCAGGCCUUCAACACCGUCCACCGCCCGAGGUUCUACGUGGCGAUCGCACUGGACGAGGCGGAGCAUCUUAGAGGGAUCAUCCAUCAGCGGCAGGGGAGUCGGCUGGUGGAGGAAGGAGCCUUGUGCUCUGUCGGGCUCAGGAUGAUCACCAAGGGGAUGAGCGGCAUCCUGCUGGACACCAGCAAGGGCUUCGUGCCGUCUCCUCCCCUCCAGCACCUCACCGCUGUCACCUCCUACCGCUUCCUCGACUCGCAGCUCUACUUCGAGGACAAGAUCGUAGGGACCUCCAUCCGGGCGAUUCAGAACAACUCGCGGGAGGAGAGGCAGACGUUCUUCAACGAGGUUCGCAUGUGCAGGAGGCGAGCACUCAAGGACUGGAGGGAGUGCCCGGUAUCGCGCUUGCUCCUCACCCCUGACGAGUAUCACCACCUGGAGUUCCUAUCCAUCAUCACGGCAGUCAGGAGCUCGAUCCGAAGGAACGGCCUCAAGGUCUUCGAUGUCUUCAGAGGCUUCGACUACGAUCGCGAUGGACUCCUCAGCUGCUCGGAGCUGUGGGGAGGCUUGGAGUGGCUGGGCAUGCGCCUGACGCCCGACGACAUCUACGCCAUCGUCCGCUUCGUGGACAAGAGCGGCGAUGGGAGGAUCAGGUUCGCGGACUUCAACGCAGCCUUCGAGGUGGAGGAUGAGCCGAAGCCCAUCGACGAGCUCUACCUUGACCAGGAGGUGCGGGAGACGCGGCAGCGGCUGGCGCCUUCGUGGAAAGACCUGGAGCAGAUUAAGGUGAGGGUGAAGGCGGUGGACCACUGGCUGCACGUGUGGAACAGCGACUACUCGGGGGCGAGGAAGGAGACGAGCAUCUGGCAUGCCAAGUGGGACCCGUCGAUCCUGAAGAGGAACGUAGUUGAGGUGCAACUGGGACACUACGCUGCCAUCGGCAUCGGGAGGCCGAGGAUGAACCGACCUCCUGCAGAGUUCAAGGCGAUGACCCUCGAGCUGCUAGACGCGCAGGUUGGGACACUCUCGAAGAGCCCGAGGCUGGACGAGGAGCAUCUCAACUCCUUCCUCCCGCACCCUGUCAAGUUCAAGAUGUCAUGGUCCAAGUGCUCCGGCAGCGUCAAGGUGUACGUCUGGAAGGCCGUCCCUCCCACCAAGGACUUCGUUGCCAUGGGAAUGGUCUGCUCCACCUCCAGCCAGCCCCCGCGCCUCGACUGCAUGCGCUGCGUGCCCAAGAGCUGGUGCUCGCAAGCUCACCUGCGCCCUGAGCCCGUCUGGGACGAUGCGGGGACGGGAGGGAAGCGAGGAAGCUUCUGGGUGGUGAACUCCCUCCGCCUCUUGCACGCUGUCGAGGGGCACGAGGCGCCCGUGGGCCAGCUUUGGGAUCUUGCAAGCGACAAGUUUGCGGCCUCGUGCGGCUGGUCGGAGUCGAGCUGGAAGGCAGCCUUCGAGGCCCUAAGGGCACAGGACGCAUCGUUCGAGCCUCGAGGGGAGGAAGAGCCGAAGGCGCAGCAACAGCAGCAGCAGCAGCACGCGAAGAGGGGGGAGAAGAGCUGGGAGGACGUUAACCAGUACAACCCCAAGGACGGAUGGCUCGACUUCGAGGAGGGGAAGGGUAAGUGGCGGAGGGUCCGGAUGAACUUAGACGCGCAUGGCAACGUGUCGUGCUGGCACUCGGGGCCGGACGCGAGGUUCCCGAUCCCUGCUGGCUUCGAGGUGAGGGAGUGCAAGAGCGCGAGAGCAGGCAAGUACGCGUUCCGCAUCGACUUCAAG